UGGGCGAGGGGAAGGGAAUGGGGAAAAAAAAAAGAAAACUGCUCCAGCCCAGGCUGGAUUUCUGCCAUGAUGUCAGGAGGGAAGCAACCCACAGCUUGCUAAUUUCACCUCCUAAUCAGCCCCGGGAAGGAGAUCACCGGGAGCAGUUGUUUCCCCCUGUGGUCAUGACGGCUUCGCACAGUGACUCUUUGGUGGUGUUGUUUGGGGCAACCGCUGGUGCAUAUGGGGCUAAACUGGGUUCGGAUGAGAGGGAGCUAAUUCUGUUGGUGUGGCAAGUUGUGGACCUACACAGCAAGAAGGUAGGGACUCUACACAAAUCCCUGGUGAAAGCAGACAAUUUGGAUUUAAGUGACCAGUGUCGUGAAGUGAGUGGCUUAACACCAGAGGGACUGGACAAAGCCGAACCACUGGACCGGGUUCUUCAGCAGUUUAGUCAGCUGGUAUCCAGUGAUUUGAAAGUACUUGGAAGGAGCAAUUACACACUCUGCAGUGAUGGCCAGUUACUCAUUCGACAAGUCCUCCACCCAGAAACUUCUAAGAAGAACUUCGUGCUGUCAGACUGCUUCUAUUCCUUUUAUGAUCUGCGCAAAGAAUUUCACACUUGCUACCCUAGUUCAGCCGCCGUGAAAGAUCAGACUAUCAAGACCAUGGCAGAAUAUCUAGGCUUGGGAACAGAUGAAGCAGAGGAAGACUUUGGUGUCUGGCAAGUGAAAACCAUGGUGGCUAUAAUAUUCACCAUGCUCUCUGAAAGUUGUAGUCACUUAUUUACUGAGCCUGAAAAUGUGAAACACAAGUAUGAAACAGGUCCUUGUAGUAAAUCUGAAAUGGUGAACAGUGAGACGGUAAUACGUGCCAGGGGUUUGCCAUGGCAGUCUUCAGACCAAGAUAUUGCUCGGUUUUUCAAAGGACUCAACAUUGCCAAAGGUGGUGUGGCUCUUUGUCUGAAUGCUCAAGGAAGGAGAAAUGGGGAGGCAUUAGUUCGAUUUGUCAAUUCUGAGCAGAGAGAUCUUGCACUGGAAAGACAUAAGCAUCACAUGGGUAGCAGGUACAUCGAGGUUUACAAAGCAACUGGGGAAGAAUUCUUAAAAAUUGCAGGAGGAACCUCCAAUGAAGUGGCCCAGUUCUUAUCUAAGGAGAAUCAAGUUAUCAUCCGGAUGAGAGGCCUUCCCUUCACUGCUACUCAAGAGGAUGUCUUAGGGUUCCUGGGGCCAGAGUGUCCAGUCACAGGAGGGAAAGAGGGACUUCUCUUUGUUAAAUACCCAGAUGGCAGGCCCACAGGAGAUGCAUUUGUGUUAUUUUCCUGUGAAGAAUAUGCACAGAAUGCACUUAAAAAGCACAAAGAAAUACUUGGAAAACGUUACAUUGAACUCUUCAGGAGCACAGCAGCAGAAGUCCAACAGGUACUCAAUCGAUAUAUGUCAACACCUCUUAUUCCCACCCUCCCAACUCCCAUCAUUCCUGUCAUACCCUCCCCAUACACCAUUGCCACGGGUAGUGUACGUGACUGUGUUCGGCUCAGAGGCCUUCCCUACACUGCUGGCAUCGAUGACAUCCUGGAAUUCAUGGGAGACGCCACGGGGGAUAUCAAGCCCCAUGGAAUUCACAUGGUCUUCAAUCAACAGGGACGACCAUCAGGUGAUGCUUUUAUCCAAAUGAAAUCUGCUGAUAAAGCCUAUAUGGUAGCUCAAAAAUGUCACAAAAAAAUGAUGAAGGACCGUUAUGUGGAAGUAUUCCAGUGUUCAGGAGAGGAGAUGAACUUUGUUUUAAUGGGUGGCACUUUAAAUCGUAGUGGCUUAUCCCCACCGCCAUGUAAGUUACCAUGUCUCUCUCCACCAGCCUAUGCUGCUUUCCAGGCAGCAGCUGUGAUCCCAGCAGAGGCAGCAAUUUAUCAGCCGCAAGCCCUUUUGCCAGCCACCAGGACUCCCCAAGCCUCUGCAGCUGCUCCUCAAACUGUUACCUACUACCCAGCUCAGGCUGCUCAGCUUUAUAUGAAUUACACUACUUACUAUCCCAGUCCUCCAGUAUCCCCCACCACAGUGGGGUAUCUUACAGCUCCUCCAGGAGCUGUAGCUGCUGCUGCCACUGCCACCCACACUCCAAUUCUGCCCCAGCCUGGAGCAUUAGUCCGUAUGCAGGGCUUGCCAUAUAAUACAGGAAUAAAGGAGAUACUCAGUUUCUUCCAGGGGUACCAGCUCCACCCAGAUUCCAUCCUCAUGCUUCACGACUUUAGUGGCCAGCCCAGAGCAGAGGCACUCGUGAAUUUUCCAAGCCUGGAUCUAGCUACGAAAGCAGUAGCUGAGAAGAAAGGACAGCUUCUGGGAAGCCACUAUGUAGAACUGUUUCUGGUCUAAUUAAACACUUUUUUGGGGAUAUAAAAAGAAUGUCACGCUAAACACUGUGCCUUUUGCAAAAUAAGUUUUCCCUAGCCACCCAGGCAGCACCAAAUAUGCCUUUUCAGCAUAACAGAGUGGGGUUUGUCCUGUGUUUAAUUUGAAAAAUGGCUUAUCCUAUGCCAAAGAUAAAAGUGAAACAAAAAAUCAUGCAGUUAAUUUACUUAAAUUCUUAUGUGCUUAUGUGAAAAUAAGUAAACCCAUUCUUGGCAUCUAGUUAAUUCUGAAGACAAUCUAAUAGCACUUCAGCUACUGUAGCUGUGAGAGAAACCUGUUUGGUAACAUUUGAAGUGGAAAGCGAAGCUUGAGUCGUUCAGAUACUUCUGUGUGUAGUUUUUGAGCUUAAACUUGAUAAAGUGUCUGGGUUUUGUAGAGUUUAAAUGUCUCUAGAAAGUUUUUUUGGAGUGCACAGCUUUCCCAGUUUGAAGCCUAGAUCAUACUGAUUUGUUAUUGACUGAAAAAUACCAGGAUGCUGGACCCCAAAUGCAAUUGUGCUUUCUUAUGUUUCAAUUAGAUAUUGUUUUGCAAAAGCCAUAUUUGUCUUGCCAAUGUACUGCUGCCAAUGUGUUAAGCAAGAAAAUAAACUCACUAAAAGCAGGAAAGUCCUUCCUGCUCACCCACAAAUCCCUGCCCCAGCCCCAGAAUUUUUAUUUCUGCAGGACAAAAAUGGCACAUAAACCUGAGUACUAAUAAGUUAUAUUUUUUAUUUAAGCAUAACAGCUUUCAGAUACUGUAUUAAAUAUUUUGCUGUAGUUUAUGUGCAUGCAAUUUGUUUACAUCUUUGCCUACUUUAUUUGUAUAUUAUGAAACAACAAGACGUGUUGAAAUCUACAUCCUGUAGUGCAUGCUUCCUUCUUUCUCUCUGUGUGUGUACGUACAUUAGAUAGAAGUACUUUUUUGUCAUGUAGCAUGUGUUUAAAAAAAGACAUCUGCUGUAGAAGCACUAAAUGACUUCAGUUUUACUGUGCCUUACUUCAAAAACCAUUCCAAGUGCAAUACCAGCAAAAAGCAAAAUGUAAUGAAACGUGUUGUGACAUGUUCAUGGAUGUCUGAAUUGAUCUUUCUGUUAGUGUACGAGUUGCACUUAAUGGAAUGAUGUAUGCUUCUUUAUAUUACAACAAAUAAAAGAGAUUCUUAUGAUGUA